AUGGAGUGUGUCCAAAGAGUAAACUACACUGUGAUGAUCAAUGGUGAGCCAAGUGAACCUUUCAAUUCAACAAAAAGUCUUCGACAAGGAGACCCAAUGUCUCCUUUUUUGUUUGCAAUUACUAUAGAGUAUCUAAACAGAAAGCUCAAUGAGUUGAAAGAAGAUAGAUCCUUUCAAUUUCAUCCAAAGUGUGCAAAACUAGGAAUUACACACCUCAUUUUUGCGGAUGAUCUGCUUCUCUUUGCCAAAGGGAACUUAACAUCUAUUAUUGCUCUACACAAGUGUUUCAGCCAGUUUUCUGAAGCUUCAGGAUUGCAGGCUAAUCUUGGCAGAAUUCAGCUGGUCAAAUAUGUGCUCUUUGGAAUUCAGGCCUACUGGGCUCAAUUAUUUCUAAUACUUGCAAAGGUCCUGAAAACUAUAGAUGUUUAUUGUAGAAGCUAUGUAUGGUCAGGAAGUAACACAAUAACUAGGAAAGCUUUAGUGGCAUGGGAUAGAGUAUGCACUCCUAAGUCAGUAGGAGGGCUAAAUCUUAUCAACAUAAAACUGUGGAACCAAGCUGCUCAAAUCAAGACAUGCUGGGAUAUAGCUCACAAACAGGAUAAAAUGUGGAUUCGAUGGAUUCAUGCUUACUAUGUCAAAGGCAACCUUUUGAAGGAAAUGACAAUACCUUCACAAGCAAGCUGGAUCACUAGGAAAAUACUCGAAGCCAAGGAGCACUUGGACUUGAUACCUCAUGUCACAACUACUCGGAGCAUGAUCAACUCAAUCUAUAAACAGCCCCUCCCUACAAUGAUGGCAGAGCCUUGGAAGUAUCUUAUGUUUAAAAAUGAUGCCAGACCUAAAGUAAUUUUUACAAUAUGGCUACAACUACAAGGGAGACUAGCUACAACAAAUCAACUAGUGAAUUGGGGAUUAGCAGUGGAUCCUACAUGCACAUUAUGCCAGAAUAAACUGGAAACAAGAAAUCGUCUUUUUGCUGAGUGUGAAUUCACUAAAGCUAUGUGGAGAAAAAUGCAGCAAUGGCUACAAAUAAAAGGGAUACCAGUGCAGACUUGGGACCAGCACACAGAGUGGGCUAUUUAUAAAGCCAAAGGGAAAUCGUAG